UGUAGAACUUAGAAAGCCAUCAUCCAGAAGAUACAAGUGUUUAUUCACAGUUGUCUACACAAAAUACUCCGGAUCCGUUGGCCGGACACUAUUAGCAAAAACCUAUUAUGGAAGAGGACAAACCAUAUCCCAGCGUAGGAAGAAAUCAGGAAGAAGCAGUGGAUCAGACACACAUUGAGGAAAGCACGUAACUGAGUCACAAGACAAGCUCUCACAUGGAAUCGUCAAGGCCAAAGUAAAAGAGGAAAACCAAAGUACACAUUACGCUGAGAAAGGGAUACAGACAUGAGACGAAGAAUGAACAACAAUUGGAUAGAACUACAAAGAAAGGCCCAUGACAGUGUGAGUUAGAGAAUGCUGAUCGGCAGUCUAUGCUCCUCUAUUGUGGGUUACAGGCGUAAUUAAUUAUGAAAAUCAAUCUAAAACCGGUAAUAUUCACAAUUCCAAUAUGAAUAAUACCAUGAAUGUACUGAAUGAUGAUACAUGUGAAAAAUUAUUGGAAGGAAUUGCUGAAGCUAAAACUACCAUUAAUUUAUUUUUAAAUAAUCGAUUUGAAGAAGCAAAGAAUCGUUUACAUAUGAAUACACAUAGUGGUAUGUAUCAAGAAUUAUCCAAUUCUACAAUAUUAUUUAUUCAAGGAAUGGCUACAAUAGAACAGGAAAAUCUUGAAACUGCUAAAGAACAAUUAAAAACAACACUUAAAGCAUGUCAAUCAAAUCGACGUAAAGCAGCUAUUAGUGAAACAUUCACUAAACAAAUAGAAAAAAAUCGUAAUAUAAUUUAUAGUUUAUAUACAGAUGAACAGGCUCAUGCUGAACUUUGUUAUGCAGAAGGUUUACUUCAAUUGGCAUUUCUUUCAAUGUUACAAGAUGAAAAAUUAACAAGUCUUAUAAAAUGUUCUUUGAAAAUAAGACAAUGUUAUAAAUGUUAUCGAAUAUGUUGGAGAAUAUUAAAAUAUCGUAAUUGGCAAAAUGAAAUAAGUAAAUCAGCUUUUGAAAGUGGUGUACAUUUAGGUGUUGGAGCUUUUAAUUUAAUGAUCUCUAUGCUUCCUAGACGUGUAUUGAAAUUAUUGGAAUUUGUCGGAUUCUCCGGAGAUCGUCAAUUUGGUUUAGAACAACUUAGAAUGGGUGCAGGAAUGAAAGAUUCAUUACGUGGUCCAUUAUGUGCUCUAUUAUUAUUAGCAUAUGAUUUAUAUGCUACUCAUAUGUUAGGUGACAGUGUUGUCAGUGUAUCUUCUGAACAACCAGAACAUAUGAAAGAAGCACGUGAAUUAUUAGAUCAUUGGUCUAUUGUAUAUCCAAAUAGUGCUAUAUUCUUAUUAUUAGCUGGUCGUUUAGAAGAAAUAUCAGGAAAUUUAAAUCAGGCUAUCACAUUAUUUCAACAUUCAAUAAAUUCACAAUCUGAUUGGAUACAUUAUCAUCAUCUAUGUUAUUGGGAAUUAAUAUGGUGUUAUGCAUUACAAGCAGAUUGGCAAAAAGCAAUUUUAUACACAGAGAAAUUAGCAUUAGAAAGUCGAUGGAGUCAAGCAUCUUAUAGAUAUAUGAAAGCAGCUUUUCUAUUACAAAGUAUAGAAGAUCGUACUGCAUAUGAAAUGAAAAAUCAUGAUGGUAUUAUUGAAAAACCACAAGAAGUAGUUGAUCAAUUAUUAACAGAUAUACCUCAUAUGAUAAAACGUUUCGGUGGUCGAUCAUUACCAAUUGAGAAAAUUGCUUUAAGAAAGUCUUCACGUUAUUUUGCACAGAAUAAAAGAUUAACUCUUCCAGCUUUAGAACUUAUAUUCAUUUGGAAUGGAUUCAAAAUGAUUCAAUCACAACCAGAUGCUAUAACAGCAUUUAUUAUGAUAUGUGAGAAUAAAAUCAAUGAAUUAUUUCAAAAUAGAGAUACAAGCGAAACAUUUUAUGAUGAUUAUUGUUUAGCUUUAAUGCUUAAAGGAGUUUGUCUUAGAUGUCGUGGUCAAACAUUUCAAGCUUAUAUGUGUUUCACUGAAAUAAUACAAUCUAAACGAAAAUUAAAAAUGGACACAUAUCUAUUACCAUAUUGUGAAAUGGAAUUAUGUCAUUUAUCAUAUGAAGAAGGAGAAAUUGAUGAAGCAGUAAAACAUUUAGAAAAAGCAUUAAGUUAUAAAAAUUAUCAUUUAGAAUCAAGAUUACAUUUUCGUAUUCAUGAAAUGGAUACACGACUGAAAGAGAAUAAACGUAAAUUAUCCAGUGUUACAAUACAUCAAGAUGAAAAACAAACUUCAAUAAUGAAAAAAUCUGGCAGUGAAUACUUCCUUACAUCAUCAAGUAUUUUUUCUAAUAAUACUGAUAAUAAAUCAAUAUCAUCAUUUAAAUCAAUUGAUAUUCCUGGAAAUUAUUCAUUAUUAACAUCAACAUCUGAAUCAUUAACAGUACCGUCAUCAUCAUUAUCAUCAUCAUCAUCAACAACAAUAACAACAACAACAACAACAACAACUGGAGUAAAAGGUGCUUUAUCAGCAAGAAAUUUAAUGCAUACAAAAAAUAGUAGUAUUGAAACAUUAUCAUUAUCAUCUGAUGCUAGACGUUUAUUUGAUGAAGAUGAUUUAGAUGAUGAUGAUGAUGAGGAAACAUUCAUUAUGGAUUAUAUACAAGAUGAAUAGAUUGACUGGAAAUAUGAUUUUACUAUAAUUUACUCAUUAUAUACAUUGUAUAACAAAACAAUUAUCCUGAAAUAAAAAAGAAAAGAAUUAAGAAGAAAUUUUGUUUAUUUGUUUUUUUUUUGGACAAACCCCCUCCCCCCCAAAAAAAAGAAAUAUUAAGAAUACAAAAUCCAAUAAAAUUCCAUUUCAUGCACAAUUAUUAUUGUUUUCUUUUUUUGAAUUGAAAUCUAAAACAGAUUGUUUAUUGUUACCAUGGCUACUAUCACCACCACUACUACCACCAUGACUACUACUACUACCACUGCUACUACUACUAAAAUCAUCUAUAUCAGUAGUAGUGGUAGUAGUUGUGUUUCUUCUUCAAAUAUCUACAUCAUACUGUAUUUUUACAUAUUUUUAUUUGCCUACAUAUAAAAUUAAAUUCUAUUUGGUUUGUGUUAUUCAUUCUAUUUUGUAAGACAAUAAGUAUAGAUAAUAUGCGUGCAAUUCAAUUCAUACAUAAAUAUGAUAACCAUAACUCAGAUACAUUUUAAAUCAUUAUAACUAAUUCCAUUUGUUCAAUGAUAUAAACAAAGAAAACAGAAAGAAAAUAAGAAAGAAAACAGAGAGAAAGAAAGAACUUACUUGUUGCUGUUGUUGUUGCUGACAGUUUGAUCUUUUAUUCUUCUUCUUCUUUUUGUUGUUUUUGUUGUUAUUGUUGACAGUUUGAUCUUUUAUUCUUCUCCUUCUUUUUCUUCUUUUUGUUGUUGUUGUUGUUAUUGUUGACAGUUUGAUCUUUUCUUCUUCUUCUUUUUGUUGUUGUUUACUUUAAGUAUCUAAAUGAUGUAAAUAAAAUUUUGUUUGAUUUUUUAUGGUUGGUAUAAUGAUGUUUAUGUUUGUUGUUGUUUUCGUUUUUUUUUUUAAAAUGAAAAAAAGUCUUCCUAAUUUACAACAAUUUUCUAGAAAAGAAAAUGCACAUAAAUAUUGUAAUGAUAAUAAUAAUAACAAUACUACUUAUUUCUUAUAAAUACUACUUAAAUACUUGUACAUCUUUUGAUUGAUUAGUCUUUUAUUGGGAUAAGUGCACCCUGUGUGGAUUGCCUUAGAUCACAAGUUUUAUAAGCAAAGAUAGAUAAUGGCUAGCAGUUGGGAUAUAGGAUGUGUGUUUCAUUCUGUUUGAGACUCGUCAGAUGGAUGUACCUACAUCUCAGAGAUGAUAUUCACUUCAGGACUCAAACCCCCCAGUGUACGCUUCAGGCGCCGUCACUAUCUCCACUUAGCUACUAAGUUUUAAUAGCCACUUGCUUGUGCGAUAGAGUGAAGUUUGAAUUCACUUAGUAUUGUUUGCUUGAAUCUUCCCAUUGUUAUUUUGGACUGGAAUUGAUCAGUCUCCUAUUUUAUUGGCAUAUCUGAAUCCUGUUAACUUCAAAUGCCAUGGCGUUAUCCAUUCAGUUACUUACUUGUGCAAUUAGGUGAAGUUUAAAUUCACUUAAUAUUGUUUGCUUGAAUCUUUUCAAUGCUAUUUAGCACGUGCGUUUCGUCCUAUUUGGGACUCGUCAACUGGAUGAACCU